CUCUACUUCUGGAUUCACAGAAACGCGGAAGAGAGAGAGAGAGAGAGAGAGAGCUAUGGCACUUUCUCAGUAUGCAAAACCUCCAACUCCAUUCCUGCAACAUUCAGCCUUUAUCUUCUUCUCCAUCUUAAGCGUCUAUGCUAUUAAUUUGCAUGCGACAGACCCUCCUUUAACACUGGAUUAUUAUUCAUCUACGUGCCCGAAUGUGCUGGAGAUUGUAAGGAAAGAGAUGGAAUGUGCAGUGCUGUCUGAUCCACGCAAUGCAGCGUCCAUACUCCGCCUCCAUUUUCAUGACUGCUUUGUCCAGGGAUGUGACGGGUCAGUUUUGCUUGAUGACACAAUCACCCUCAGAGGAGAGAAGAAAGCACCCACUAAUAUCCGCUCCCUGAGAGGUUUCAGGAUCAUUGACGGGAUCAAGAACAAGCUCGAAUCUGAGUGCCCCGGAAUCGUAUCCUGUGCAGAUAUGCUCACCAUUGCAGCAAGGGAUGCAGUCAUUCUGGUGGGCGGGCCUUACUGGCAUGUUCCUCUGGGUAGAAAGGAUUCCAGGACUGCAAGCUUCAGCCUAGCAACCACGAAUCUGCCUACUCCUGAUCAGGGUCUUCUCACUCUCAUAUCAAAGUUCCUUUAUCAAGGUCUCUCAGUCACAGAUAUGGUAGCUCUUGCAGGUGCACACACCAUUGGCAUGGCCCGCUGCGUGAACUUCCGAGAGAGGAUUUAUGGAGACUUCCAGGAAACUGCACACAAGAAUCCGCUCACAGAGAUAUAUCUCAGCAACCUGAAAUCUGGUUGCCCACCCAUUGGAGGAGAUGACAAUACGACUGCGAUGGAUUAUUUCUCACCCAACCUUUUCGACAAUUCUUUCUAUCAGAUACUGCUGCGAGGGGAGGGACUACUGAACUCGGACCAGGAGAUGUACUCCAGCAAGCUGGCACUUGAGACCAAGGAGCUUGUUAAGAAAUAUGCCUUCGACCCAAUUGCUUUCUUCCAGCAGUUCUCAGAUUCUAUGGUGAAGAUGGGAAAUAUCACCGAUCCUGACAGCUUCGUUACAGGGGAAGUAAGGAAAAAUUGCAGAUUUAUUAACACAUAAGCUCGAUCCAACUUGUAGUUUUGCCUAAAUAAAUAAAUAAAUAAGAAGCUUUUGUUAUAAAGAAGAGCAUUUCAUGUACUACCGAAGCCAUUAUUGAUCAUUAUUCUAUUCACUGUUUCAGAUGGGGAGAAGGGAUUUAUUUCUCCCAUGGUAUUCAACUCAACUCAA